CUGCACAGCGAUCAGGGGCAGCUUUGGGCUGUUUGACAUUGGAGUGUCUACCGUCCCUGUUUUUUUGUUUUUUUCUUCCGGUGGCGGCACCACGCAUCCCAUUUAUUAAGCGCGACUCUGCGAGUGACUUCAGACUGACAUGUAGGUUCCCAGAAGGUUUAUGAGAACAUGUCUUUCUGUCUGCUGCUACAGCAGAGACCAUCUCAGCCUUGUAAUCGGGGAAUCCUGGAGUUUUUUAAUUUCCCAGGUCGCGCAGCUGCUCCUGCCUCAGCUGUUUCACUGAUGCUCUCACCUUGACGUGCAAAGCAAAUUGAGCCAACCUGAAAGGCAAUAUAUUGAAAUACAUUUUCAAGUCCUCCGCUGUGCUACAAGCUCAUGUUAUGGGCCGGGAGAGUAUUUCCGGGACAAGCGGUACCCUGUGACGGCUCUGCACAGCCAACCUAACAUCCGCUCCUCCGUUGUGACCUGCGCGAAGAAGAUGAGGCUUCAGCUGCUGUUCGUUUUGACUUUUUUGGUGGGGCUCGAACAGGUUGACCCCGCUCAGGCCAAUGAACGGAGAGUGGUGGCACACAUCCCCGGUGACAUCAUCAUUGGAGCACUGUUCUCUGUCCAUCAUCAGCCUCCCGCUGACAAGGUACACGAGCGCAAGUGUGGUGCCGUGCGAGAGCAGUACGGCAUCCAGAGGGUGGAGGCCAUGAUGCACACGCUGGACCGCAUCAACGCGGACCAGAACAUCCUUCCCAACAUCAGCCUGGGCUGCGAGAUCCGGGACUCCUGCUGGCACUCGGCCGUGGCUUUAGAGCAGAGCAUCGAGUUCAUCAGGGAUUCGCUGGUGUCUUCUGAUGACGCUGAAGAGUGGGGUGGGGGAGGUCCUUGGGGAGGCGGAGGAGGCGGAACAGCAACAAUAAAGUGCUCGGACCCCGCUGCUACUCCGAUGCGGGGCAAGAAACCCAUCGUGGGUUUGAUAGGACCAGGGUCAAGCUCAGUGGCCAUUCAGGUCCAGAAUCUGCUACAGCUAUUUAACAUACCACAGAUUGCCUACUCAGCUACUAGUAUGGACCUCAGUGAUAAGAGCCUUUACAAGUAUUUCAUGCGGGUGGUGCCUUCAGAUGCCCAGCAGGCACGAGCUAUGGUGGACAUUGUCAAGAGAUACAACUGGAGCUAUGUGUCUGCCAUCCACACUGAAGGCAAUUAUGGGGAAAGUGGAAUGGGAGCAUUCAAGGACAUGGCAGCCAAGGAGGGGAUCUGUAUUGCCCACUCCGGCAAAAUCUGGAGCAAUGCUGGAGAGCAGAGCUUUGAUCGUCUGCUGGAGAGACUGAGGGCACACCUGCCCAAGGCCAGAGUGGUGGCAUGUUUCUGUGAAGGCAUGACUGUCCGUAAUAUCCUCAUGGCUAUGAGACGUCAGGGACUGGUGGGAGAGUUCCUCCUCAUCGGC